AUGAUUCCCACUUGGCAACCCCCAAGAGAUUACCGCAACAGGGCCAUCGUGGUUCUAGGCGGUGGUGUGCUUGGAAGGCGGAUAGGUUGUGUCUGGGCAUCAGCAGGAUUCAACGUUCGAAUCAGGGAUCCAAGCCCCCAGCAACGAGAGGACAGCGUUGCUUACUUCAAAGAGAACAUCGCUUCGUACGCGCAGAAGACAAAUCAGUCCCCCGGCACAUUGGAAACUUUUGAGAGUCUUGAAGAUGCAAUCCUCGAUGCUUGGCUAGUUGUCGAGGCUGUUCCGGAGAAACUUCAGCUCAAGAUCGAUACUUUCGCUCAGCUCGAGGCACUUGCGCCAAGCGACUGUAUCCUGGCCUCGAACUCCUCCUCUUAUAAGUCGUCAGAAAUGAUCGAGAAGGUUUCCGAUGCUACAAAAUCUCGCAUUCUGAACAUGCAUUAUUACAUGCCACCCCAGAACAUGGUGGUUGAGCUCAUGACAGACGGUUAUACCGAGGAAGCCAUUUUCCCUUUCAUGGUCGAGCGAUGCAAAGAAGCUGCAACUCAGCCGUACGUUGCCAAAAAGCAGUCAACUGGCUUUAUCUUCAACCGUCUGUGGGCUGCUGUCAAGAGAGAAACCUUGACGAUUUUGGCAGAAGGCGUCUCCGUUCCCGAGGAGAUUGACUCUCUAUGGACCCAGAUGUUCGCUAAGGGAGGCGCAACCCCUUGCAAAAUGAUGGAUGACGUGGGCCUGGAUACUGUCGCUUUCAUUGAGUCUCAUUAUGUCGAGGAACGUGGUCUUUCUCCAGCGAAGACAGUGGAUUUCCUCAACACGCAUUAUAUCGCCGACGGUAAAUUAGGCACGAAGAGCACACGCGGUGGCCUUUAUCCUCCGAGAGCCAAAUUGGACGAAGUCAAUACACCAAGUUUGCUCGUCUUGGACAUUGGUCUUGCCACUCCCACGCCGACAAUGUCAUCAGGUUCCAUUCUUGAAUUCUCAGCAACCGGACAAUUUAAACGAACCCUUGCCAAAAACCAAGCUCUUCCAGACGGUGUUGCUGUUGACACUGACAGCGGCCUCAUCUUCUGGACCAACAUGGGCGUUCCGGGGAAGCAAGACGGUGCAGUGCUUUCACUCGAUCCGAAGACAAUGGCUAUCAAGACCCUCAUCGCUCCUGGUACUAUCAACACCCCCAAACAACUUGUUAUAGACGGCGCCGCAAAGAAGAUCUACUUCUCCGACCGCGAGGGAUGUCGUGUCUACCGGUGCAACUUUGAUGGCUCAGACCUGGAGAUCCUCAUCGAGACAGGCCAACCUGACAUGACCAACCCAGCUAAGACUAUUGACAACUGGUGCGUCGGUAUCACUGUUUCUCCAAAGCUUGGCAAGUUCUUCUGGACCCAAAAGGGCCAAUCCAAGGGUGACCAGGGCCGUAUCUUCUGUGCCAAUAUCUCAACUCCUGCUGGUGAAUCUGCAGCCUCCAGAUCCGAUGUGGAGUGCAUCCUCGAAGACCUUCCGGAGCCUAUUGACCUGGAAUUUGAGGAGUCUUCCAACACUCUUUACUGGACCGAUCGUGGUGAGCUUCCACUAGGAAACUCCCUGAAUUGCUCUCGCCUCGAUGCAUGCGGCCGAAUCAUCAAGACGUCCUCGUCUCAGAAGUAUGAGAUUCUGACUCGCAACUUCCACGAAGCAAUUGGAUUGAAGAUCGAUGCUGGUAACAACUCCAUUUACGUCACUGAUCUUGGCGGCAGCAUCUAUCGUUGCGACUUGGAUGGAAAGAACAAGACUGUCUUGGUCUCAGACGAAAACCGAGCUUUUACUGGCCUUGCUUUUCUCUGA